AUGGAUGAAUUACGCUUUCGCUCCCAGCAGUCCCCGCGGGGCAACGACCAGUCCAUGCAUUCGUUUGUCUCACCUACUCGAAAUGCCUCCAGAAUGCCUGCCCCCCAGGUCAACCCUCAUGCCGGCGCCCACGACCAUCGAUCUGGCCUGCCUCGCCGCUUCACCACUGAUUCUGGUCGAGUCCCGACACUUUCCUCUCUGGGUGCUCAACGGAUGCCCGAACCCUCCCAGGACUAUAAUAUCGAGAAGAAGAAGAUGGAGUAUGAACGAAUCCGGGAGCAAAGGCGGAGGUUUGAGCUCGAGAUGCAAAAGCUGGAUCAACAACAAAGACGAGAGGCUUUGGAGCUUGCUCAGAUGGAGGAGGAAGUUGGUAGAAUGGGCGGCCAUCAGUCCGAGCCAACCACACCUCCCGAAUACCGAGACAACUCUGGAUUCCCUACGUUUUUAUCGCGGCCGAGCCGAUACUCUAUGUCUAGCUUGACCUCCCCCCCAGGUCUCUUCAACCGCCCUGUUAGAUCCGGGUCGCAACUCGCAUCUCCCCAAUCCGGUAUCAGACAGGCACGCUUUGGAUUUGAGGAUACUACGACCCAGAUGCCUUCUCGUUCUGUGCCAACUACGCGAAGAAAUAGUGAUGAUGAGAAGGAGGAGGCUGUUCGACAAGAUCCCAGCAGUCAUCGCUCUGGUAAUGCCUCCAACCAACUCAACCUCUUCAAACAACACAAAUCCAUCUACGAUACAAUAAUCCUCAUACCACACGAACUUGUCAUUAUGGAUGAUCGAAAAAAGCUGACCGUGAACUUCAACGAUAGCAUCAACCGAUACUCGAUGCCUGUGACGCGGUCACGUACGGGGAUGUAUGAUGUUGGUCUUGACCAAACAAACACUACUCGUUUUCUCUUUGGCGACGAAGAGACGAAUGCUGGCGGCCAUACUGGUCCUGAUGCAAACUUCCCAACUCUUGUUCGCCACGACGAUCAGAUUCUCUCAGCGUCCUCGGCCGCCCUAGAUCUUGCCCUAUCCCCGUCUCCUAAUCCCGAGUCGACAUCUUCUUCAAGAGGUUGGAGCCGUGUUGUUAACCGUCAUCGCCCUCAGCAGAGUCUCUCGUCGAUCAACGGAAGCUCCAACAUCGUAAGCGAUCUUGUUGGCCUAGCAUCGCGACCUACUUCCCUCCGCCAUUCUAUGGAUCUCAAGUAUAUCUCGGAAAACGCCGUUGAGACUGGUACCAUCAUGUCUCCUAGUGCGACUCCUAACAUGGCGACUCCCCCUAAGCUGCAGAGCUCGUUUUCUUCGAGCGAGGUUCCCACGGUCAAGAGCCCUGGGGCUUCGUCUUCAAAGACAAACAAUCAUGCACAGCAGCAUUUUCACAACCACAAUGCUAGCCUUGGCCGCAUCCCAGCUGGUGCGGUCCAUCGUGGCCACAGUCGGGAGCUCUCUUCAGAAAACCCUGCUGUUAGCCGUGAGCAGCACAACUAUCUUUCGAUUCAGUCUGCCCUGCAGGCCAGUGCCGCUCCCUUUGGGCCCAGUACCACAGCUGCAGUGCAACCCUCUACUAUGGUGAACCCUUCCGCUGGGGCCGCAGCAGCGAACAACAACUACAACAAUGUGUUCUAUUCCGCCAACGGGUACGGUGCUCCUCAAGGUAUUCCUCAAGGCGGCAUUCCCCAGGUGAUGCCUCAGGGUGCCCCCCAUCAGCCAGGAGGAUACAAUGUCAACAUGCUCGCGAACAGUAUGCAGCAGAUGAACAUGAAUGGAGCCAACGGCAGCAACAUGUACCAGCCCCAGAACUACAACGGCUACAACGCCGGUCCGUACAACCAAGGUAACCAACCUCGAGACAGCCAGGCACGCGUCAUCCAGCAUCGCCGACAGCUGGACAAUGAAGCCAUGUCUCGCUACCAGAACACGCCCCUUGACUCCUUCGUGGGCAACAUCUACGAGCUUUGCAAGGAUCAGCAUGGCUGCCGUUACCUCCAGAAGAAGCUUGAGGAGCGCAACGCCGAUCAGGUUCACAUGAUUUGGGUCGAAACCAACCAGCACGUCAUUGAGCUCAUGACGGACCCGUUUGGUAAUUAUUUGUGCCAAAAGCUCCUUGAGUUCUGCAAUGACGAUGAGAGGACUGUUUUGAUUCAAAAUGCUUCCCAGGAUAUGGUCCGCAUCGCGCUCAACCAGCACGGCACACGCGCACUCCAGAAGAUGAUUGAGUAUGUGAGCACCCCUCAGCAGGUCCACAUCAUCAUCGAGGCUCUUCGCUACCGGGUUGUGGAGCUUAUCCAGGACCUCAACGGCAACCAUGUCAUUCAGAAGUGUCUCAACAAACUUACCCCCCCUGAUGCGCAGUUCAUCUUUGACGCUGUUGGCGGCAGCUGUGUCGAAGUAGGCACUCACCGACAUGGCUGCUGUGUUCUCCAGCGCUGCAUCGACCAUGCCUCUGGCGACCAGAAGCUGUGGCUUAUCCAGCGAAUCACCGAGCAUGCACGAAUCCUUGUCCAGGACCCCUUCGGCAACUAUGUCGUUCAGUACAUUAUUGACUUGAACGAACCUCUGUUCACCGAGCCUAUCGUUCUUACCUUCAAGGAUUGUAUCACUCAGCUGUCCCGCCAUAAGUUCAGCUCCAACGUCAUCGAGAAGUGCCUGCGCUGCGCCCAGCCACCUUCCAAGGAUCUGAUUGUGGAGGAGCUACUACGCAACCAGGAGAUGGAACGCCUCCUCCGGGACUCAUUCGCCAACUAUGUCAUUCAGACUGCUCUUGAGUAUGCUACUCCUCAUCAAAAGCAUCGUCUUGUGGAGGCCAUCCGCCCCAUCCUUCCCCAGAUUCGAACAACUCCCUACGGCCGUCGUAUUCAAGCUAAGAUCUCGGCCUUCGACAAUCGUGGAAGCGCUGCCUCAAGCGGGCAAGUGACACCAGCCGACAACACCCAGGGUCAAAUUCCUAUGCGCGCUACUCACGCUCGAGGUAUUUCUGGAAGUGGUCCGAUUCUCCAGGGCAAUGGUAUGCCUCACGGUGGGCCUAUGCCACCUAUGCGCCAGAACAUGCCUAUCUACUCCCCCAACCCCGCCAUGAACGGUCAAGGUCCUACUGCUGGUGGACCUGUUCAGCAGCCUCAGUACGGACAGAUGACUCCUGUCAAUUUUGCCCCGAAUCCUGCUGCCAACGGUGCCGCUAAUGGUAGCGCCGGUAACAGUAACUUUGCUGGCCAAGCCAGUGGCAACAGUGGCCCUACGAGCCCUACCAAUGGCAAUGGAAAUGUCAGCACUGGUCAGGGCGAACAGCCCGAGUGGUUUUAG